AUGACGACCCCGUGCCCGCACUACAGACGGCGCUGCUUUGUGCUCGCCGAGUGCUGCGGCCGCUGGGUCGGCUGUCGCUUGUGCCACGACGCGCAGCUCGGCCACGACCACCGCAUCGACCGCUUUGCGAUCGAAUGGAUGCGCUGCAUCGUCUGUCAGACGGAACAGAUGUGCGCCCAGGUGUGCGUCACCUGUCGGACGCCAAUGGCCGCGUACUACUGCGCUGUGUGCCACUUGUUUGACGACAUGGGACGCUCGAAACAGGUGUUCCACUGCCGCCAGUGCGGUAUCUGUCGCGUGGGCGGCCGCGAGAACUACUACCACUGCGUCACGUGCUGUGGAUGUUACCCGCACUCGAUCCGGACCAAGCACCGGUGUGUGGCAGCUUCUAUGCAUCACGAUUGUCCCAUUUGCCUCGAAGUUACGUUCGACUCGCUGGACACGGCGAACGUGCUGCCGUGUGGUCACGUCUUGCACUCGAAAUGCUACGAUCGAUACGUCAAGCAUGGCAACACGACGUGCCCAACGUGCCGGACGAACAUGCUCGGCGGGGCUGGCAACAACCGAAAGCGAGACGACGGAAUCUACAGACGGUGA